ACACCCCGGCUGGGCUGCGUCUGAGAUAUGUCACAGGGAGUGGGAGGAGGAGGAGGGGGAGCCAGCGAGUGCGUGCAGUGUCCCAGGACCCUGUUUACUUAGCAUUCCCAGCUGAGGAAGCCCUGGUUUAAAUAGGAUCGGAGGAGCGGGCUGCCCGCAGCAGAUGAAGAAAUGGUUGCUGUGGGGCUUUAAAUUCCUGCCUUCCCAUGUGCUGGCGUGGAGGAUGAGCCUGCAGAAUGCCUUUCCUCCUGGGUCUCAGACAGGGAUGCUGAUCCUGGGCUGCAGUCUCAGGGAACAGGUGCUGAGUGAGGUGACCUCCCAUGAGCUGUGUGAUGAGGAUGGAAGGAUCACAGUGAGACCUUUGGCUCCCAGGACCAGCACCCCUUCCUCUGAACCCCUGGACUGCACUGAACAGCUGCUUUCCCUGGAUCUGCCUUCAUUUCUUCUUUGGGAGCCAGCAGCAUUGUAGCAUUGCAGAUGGACUGCCAAACACCUGGUAAAAGACAAGGAAACCUGCAUGGGUGUCAACAAUCAAAGUUACAUAUGUGAAACGGGCCACUGUUGUGGACAAUCCCAGUGUUGCAACUACUACUAUGAACUCUGGUGGUUUUGGCUGGUGUGGACCAUCAUCAUCAUCCUCAGCUGCUGCUGUGUUUGCCAUCACCGCCGCACCAAGCACCGCCUGCAGGCACAGCAGCGGCAGCACGAGAUCAACCUGAUCGCGUACCGGGAGGCCCAUAACUACUCAGCCCUGCCCUUCUAUUUCCGGUUUUUGCCAAACUAUUUGCUACCUCCCUAUGAGGAAGUGGUGAACCGACCGCCGACCCCCCCGCCCCCAUACAGUGCCUUACAUCAGCAGUGUGUCCCAGCAGGCAGCAGUAGCACAAUCCCGGACACACCCAGGACCCUGCAGCCAGCACAGAGCAGCUCUGCAGCACCCAGCAGCAAUAACAGCAGUACUGACAGCACCGGGGCGCCCGGCCGCGGGGACCCCGAGCCCUCCGGCACCAUGCUGGGAGAGAGAGCCUUCGCCAAAACGCAAAGCGUCGAGCCCGGCAGCACCAGCACGGGAGCCGAGCUAGUGGAGAGGGCCGGUCCUGAUAAGGAUACGGAGUGCAAGGAGGAACUGCUGAAAGGUUACAGCUCUGAGAGCUUAGAGCAGAGCAGCGCCAUUCCCGACGCCAAGGACAAGACCCCGGGCAGGCAGCGCCGUUUCACCGGCGACUCGGGCAUAGAAGUCUGCGUGUGCAACCGGGGCCAUCACGAUGACGACCUCAAGGAGUUUGACGGGCUCAUCGACGACGCUCUGGACGGGCCCCUGGACUUCUGCGACAGCUGCAGUGGCCGUCCCCACGGGGACGAGGAGGAAGGGCUUUUCAGUGCCACGGAGGAGCAGCACCGCGAACACAGCCACCACCACCUGCCCCGGCAGCCGGUGUGUGUACUCUUGAACACAAUAAAUGAGCAGGACUCUCCAAACUCUUGUACCAAUAACUCCCCCAGCUAAGGUGGCAGAGUGGAAGGGAGAAUCGGGGGAAAAAAAACAAAUAAAAAUGGAAUAAGAGGAUUAAAACUUUAACAGGAGGAAAAGGUGAUACAACCUUCUUUUUUUUGUUUAUUUUUCUUUCUCCCCUCCAAUAUAAUACGAGGACUAGACCUCGAAGGCCCAGCUUGUGGGGGAUGGGUCACUCUGGGUUUUGUUAAUCGUAUCUGCCCUGCUCCGUGGAGUGGGGACUGAUGUUUGUCAAUGAGACCUUCUAAAGAAUGGAAUUUUUACAACGGUGAUUUUGGUGAUGGUUAUUAUGAGUUUGUUGGUUUUAGUUUUCCGAAACACUGCUUUAUCUUGCAAUCAGUAAAACUCAGCAAAUCUCACCCUGGGAGGAUACCGGAUCACCAUAAGGCUUCAACCUCCAGGUGUCUUCCCAGAAGCAAGCAGCUUCUGACAGUGCCGGCAGUCAGUAGCCCAAGAGUUCUGGUUUGAUAUAGUGCUCUUGAGGCAUUGGGGAUUUCUUUUCAUCUUUUUUCCUUCUUUUUUUUUUUCUUUCCUGAUGUUAAGUUUCCCUGAAGCUGGUGAAUGCCCAAACACAUCAGCCCUGUAACCUCUGGUGCUUCAGUGUUUAAUACAGCAGGUAGGAAGUUUCCCACUUGAAGCUGGUGACUGAAGGACCAGUUUCUUCUAGAAGGAGUGUUAGUCUACCUUAGGCAGUUUGAAAAGAAAGGGUUUGCAGAAAUUUGCCUUUAUGUGUCAUUUUUAAACACAAGUGUGUUCCUUCAAUGCCUCCAAGAGCACAGUUAGCAGUAGAAUCCAGGCAGCUGGGCUGCCUUCCAAGUACUGUGGUCUCCGAAUGACCUUUUCCCGAUGUGCUGCAAAAGGGCUUGGCUUUAUUUUUGUCCUUUUUUUGCACCCCGAUAGCAGCACACUGGAGUUCAGAUGACAAAAGAACAGGGCUCUCCUUGGCCAGCGUGCCUUCAAGCUUUAGCGAUGCAUGUUGAACAAAUGGAGACGAGAGCUCCGUCCAUUGCGAAAGGGAUGAUUUACCUUGUAGAUGUGGAAGACCUGUGCAGUAUUUUUUUUUUAAUCCAAAAAUUUGGUGCGAUUCUAAUGAUGACCACUUAAAGAAAUGAAUGUCUGUUUUCUUUCUUUUCGGUUUUUUUUAUGGUGGCAACUGGCUACUGUAUAAUGUCUGUGAGCGUGUGUGUGUGACUGCAAUCCAUGCAUGCGAGUCCUACUGGUAAUAUGAAAACCUGCUGUAAGACUGCAAGAAAAUUUACUGUAGCUUUGCUUUAAUAAACAGUAGAGAUUUUGGUUAGUAACAACCUGAAGGAAGAAAAAAUAAAAGAAAAAAAAAAAAGGAAAAACUGAAACUAACAUUCCCUAGAGUGCUCAUGUGGAAUAGAGCACAGUUCAGACUAUGUAACUUGUUCUUGGGAUUUCUCCCCAUCCCUUUUAUAAUUAUGGUCGUCCAGAUCAUUACUGUUAUGGGGAAAAAAAGCAUUGAAACCUGAGCUUGGACAUACUCAGAUCUGAUUGAUUGAAAACCAAAAUCAGUUUUAACUAAGGUGGAAACCAAAAUAUAAUGCCUUUUCUGAUAACUUG